CCUCCAUGAGUACAGGUAUUUUGUUCUCAUCCUUCGUCCUCGCCGGAGCAGCUCUCGAGUUUUCCUAGUUUUUUUUUUCGCGCGCGAUCAUUUGUGAGAAUUAUCAAAAGUGAAGAACGAAACGAGUGUGCUGUGGGAAACGAGAAUCAACUGUGAAUUUUUCAGCCCAAAUAAAUAAUAAGAAAAGCAAAUCCAAUCAAGUGAUUGCAAGUGCGAAAAUUCAAAUCUGAAAAAAACAAGCCAAUUUGUGCCAGUGAGAUUUCCGGUUCGGAUAUACCCAUUUAAGGUGACACCAGAGUCACCUGCCAACGGCUUCACCAUUUUCCUCGUCAACUACCAGAACAGCAACAGCAGAAUGCCGGGACGUCCACUGUGGCAGGUCGCCGGAAAGCGCGACAAGGACCAGGAACGCGAAGCCCAGCACUGGAUCGAGACGCUGCUCGGGGAAAAGUUCACCGCCGGAUUCGCCUACGAGGACUGCCUGCGCGACGGCAUUCUGCUGUGCCGCCUCAUGAAUCGCCUUUCGCCCGGCAUCGUGCCGAAAAUCAACACCAGCGGCGGCGACUACAAAAUGAUGGACAACAUCAGCCAAUUCCAGAAGGCCUGCAUCAAGUACGGCGUCGCCGACGUGGACCUGUUCCAGACGACGGAUCUGUGGGACAAGAAGAACGUCGCGCUGGUCACCACCACCAUCUUUGCGGUCGGACGGGCGUGCUACCGCCACCCGGAGUUUCGCGGGCCCUACCUGGGACCACGGCCCUCGGAGGAGAAUCGGCGCGAAUUUACCGAGGAGCAGCUGCGGGCCGGCGAGGGUCUGAUCGGGCUGCAGGCCGGCUCCAACAAGGGUGCCACCCAGGCCGGUCUCAACUUUGGCGCCACGCGGAAGAUUCUGCUCGGCAAGUGAGCCAUGUGGGUGCUUGAACAGAAACAAACUUUAAAUUAUUUAUUUAUUCAACCCAUUUUUCGAUAACGAAAACACGUGUGUUUCGCAUGAUUUCCCGCGUGCGCGAUGAUUCCGGAUGGUAUUACAAACGUUACAUUUUUUUUGAGCAGCAUUAUUAGCGGAUUAGUAGAGAUGACAAAAGCAGAUUCGAGUACCUUUAUGUGAUCAUAAACAUGCGGUAGGAAGAGAAGAUGUUUCGUUUAAAUUUGGAAAUUUUUGCAGCUAUUUUGAGUUUUGUUUUAUUUGCCAAUACACAUUUAGAUUUGGUCUGAUAAAAUACAGUAACCUACGUUGAGAAA